UAGUUCACUUUGUGAGUCAGAUGAUCUCCGAAUGAUCCGGCGAACGCUUUUCUGAGAGCAGUAACUUUUUUGUUUGUUUGUUCUCAACAUUCAAUCUUAGACAACAUGCAUUCACCUAUUCAAAAAUGUGAUGGCCUUUGUUUUUUUUUUUUUUUUUUUUCUCCUUUUUCCCUCAAAUGCACAAAUGUCUUGGUGGAGAAACUGUAUAUUUUUGCGUAGAAUUAGCAAUUGCACAAAUGUGGUUAAUUAGUAUCCAUGCGAAUGACAUUAAGGGUUUGCUAAUGGUUUACUUAAAAUUCAUUUUUGCAUUAAAUUUUUUUAUUCAAAUUUUUCACAAACUAUUUACCAUUAUUCCAACAAAAUGAUUCUCAUUAAAACUCCUAUUUUUAAAUAAUAGUUAAUGUAAUUAGGGUGACUGGAUUGUAAUUCAAAUGACCUCACCAUUGCCAGUAUUGUCAGGUAACAGUGAUGAGUGAAUGUUUUGGGACAACCAAAUGUGCAUUUUCCAUAACCUAUAAUGGAUGAGUCUUGGAAGCGGAUUUUUCAAGCAUGAAAGAGAUUCAAUUGAUUCAUGCAUUAAUGAAUAAAUAAUAUGACUUUAGAGUCUGUUCGUAAAUGUAAAGUGUAGUUACUGUGGGCUGGGGCAGCAAAAGUGCUGUAAUUGUAGGGCUUUAUUAAUGGUCUAAGUUAUUUAUCUGAAGCAUGCACAUAGAUUGCUGUGACUCAUGGUUAAAAUGUCUUUCGCUUUGCAUACAUAUUUGUAAAUCUAAUAUCAGUUAGACUGGGACACAGAUGGCACCCCAAACAUGGAACUGCCCAUAGGUUAUGUACAUAUUAUGUGUGUCAUGUCUAUAUGGAUAUGAUAUGGGUUAGAGAUUUGUAUUAGGGUCAGUUCUCCUCAUUUCAUUCCAGUUCAGUGAUUCAGUGACCGUGCCAGAACAGUAGAAGGGAAGAGCUUUGGGGUCACAACACAAUAGGUGCUUAUUUAGCCUUGGCUGCUGCUGCUGUGUCUCAUUAGCGCAGCUAACCUGAGAGAUAGCAACGGUAUCUGGUCACUGCUUUCACUGUCAAAAUCUUUUCAGGAAUAAGUCCAGAGGGGUUUUUUUCUUCUUCUGUUAACAGGGCUGUUGUUUAAUACAUAAGCACUAGGCACUUUAUCAAUAUUCUUUCUUAAUAUUCAUGCUGUAAAUAAAUCCCACAUAAAGCUCUCUGAUUUUUCCCCCAACGUUUUGUUGCUGGGGUUUGAUGUCAAUAAGAGCGCCAUUCAACAUGAUGUUCAGGUUGCAAUUAUUAUGGUCAUUACAUACAGGUCUUGGAGUUAGGUGAUGUGUAAUUUCACUGAUGAUGUGCUCGUUUUGUGUGUGCGUGUGUGUGUGUGUGUGGGGAGCUGUGGGACUGGCAGUAUGGUAACCGUGGUGCACCGCACAGCUUCCUCUGUCACAGCUUCUUCUCACAUUCCACUCAAUUAUUAACCCCGAUGGAAAGCCUUGAAAAUCACUUCGGCAAUGUUAGGAGACGGCCAUGGCAGGUGAGUCUGUUCUCCGGAAUACCACCUUUUGACUGCUAAACAUAACAUAAAAUUUGUGUAGCUUCUGUUUGAACAACCUGUGGCACUUGUCUAUAGGGACUCUCGUACCUGGUGUUAUGCUGAAGAUAAAUAAGCUUCACACGUUUCAGGUGUAUGGUAUAAUAUAUGCCUUUAACAUCACUUCUGCUUAUAUUUGAAGGAAAUGUAAAUGGAAGAGUUGAUGCAGUCAAGAAUGGGCUGGCUAACUCAGAGGGAACAGAGGGGAAAGAAUUAUACCAUCUUCACGGCAGGAUAUGGAGAUCACUAUAUGGGCUUUAUCCCUACAAGUCCAGCAUGAUCAGGCUGGAGGGGCUGGAGCACCCCUCUGACGACUGGGAUAUUGUGGAGACCAUCGGGGAGGGAACCUACGGCAAAGUCUACAAAGUCACCAACAAGAAGGAUGGAAGUCAAGCAGCUGUGAAAGUUCUGGAUCCUAUUAAUGAUGUUGAUGAGGAGAUUGAGGCAGAGUACAACAUCCUGCGCUCUCUUUCGAACCAUCCUAAUGUGGUAAAGUUUCUCGGCAUGUUCUACAAAGCUGACGAGUUCACAGGAGGACAGCUGUGGUUGGUGCUAGAGCUGUGCAAUGGGGGUUCAGUAACAGAACUGAUAAAGGGUUUGCUGAUGAGGGGGAAACGUCUGGAAGAGCCUGUCAUCUCUUACAUCCUCUGUGGCGCUCUGCUGGGCCUGCAGCAUCUGCACAACAACCGAAUAAUCCAUCGAGAUGUCAAGGGCAACAACAUCCUGCUCACCACAGAUGGAGGAGUCAAGCUGGUGGAUUUUGGUGUGUCGGCUCAGCUGUCGAGUGCACGCUUGCACAGGAACACGUCAGUUGGAACGCCUUUCUGGAUGGCUCCUGAGGUGAUUGCAUGUGAGCAGCAGUUGGAUUACUCGUAUGAUGCCCGCUGUGAUGUGUGGUCUCUAGGCAUCACUGCUAUAGAGCUGGCUGAGGGAGAGCCACCACUGGCUGAGAUACAUCCUGUAAAAGCUCUGUUUAAAAUACCAAGAAACCUAUCUCCUACACUUCGCCAUGCGGAUCAGUGGUGCAGAAGCUUCAAUCACUUCAUUGCUCAGUGUUUGAUAAAAGAUUUCGAGGCACGUCCUUCAGUCACCCAUCUGCUGGAACACCCGUUUAUUAAGCAGGCUCAUGGCAAAGAUGCUGCUCUCAGGAAACAGCUCUCAGCUCUCAUACAGGACCAACAGAGUGCCGGCUCCAAGACCAGGACCAGGACCAAGCAUGAACGGAUCAAUACACGCAAAACACUGCUGAUUGAGAGUUUUCCUGAUGAUGACCUCGUGAACUUGGAGGCUUUAGAUGAGGAAACUAUAAUCACACAUCUUCAGAGGCGCUAUGAAGAACUGCAGAUAUACACCUAUGUUGGAGACAUCCUCAUCGCCCUGAACCCAUUCCAGGCUCUGAAAAUUUACUCACCACAGUUCUCUAAGCUUUAUCAUGGAGCAAAACGCUCAGAUAAUCCUCCUCAUAUAUUUGCCACUGCUGAUGCAGCUUACCAAGGGAUGGUAACAUUCUGCAAAGACCAGUGUAUAAUCAUCAGUGGGGAAAGUGGAGCAGGCAAAACAGAGAGUGCUCAUCUCAUCGUCCAACAUCUCACUUUUCUGGGAAAGGCAAAUAACCGUACACUUCGGGAAAAGAUCCUGCAGGUGAAUCCUCUGGUGGAGGCAUUUGGUAACGCAUGCACAGCUAUUAACGAUAACUCCAGUCGCUUCGGGAAGUACCUGGAGAUGAAGUUUACACCCACUGGUGCCGUCAUGGGUGCUAAGAUCUCUGAGUACCUGCUGGAGAAAUCACGAGUCAUCAAACAGGCCACAGGGGAAAAAAACUUCCACAUAUUUUAUUACAUAUAUGCUGGUCUUUAUCACCAAGACAGUCUGAAGAAGUACAGAUUACCUGAGAAAACAGCUCCCAGGUACAUUGACAGUGCGAAUGGCAAAGUGAUGCAGGACAUUGUGUCCAGCAAACUAUACAAGGACCAAUUUGACGCCAUUCAGGACUGCUUCCGCAUAAUAGGGUUUUCAGAAGAGGAGGUGAAUUCUGUAUACAGAAUCUUGGCUGCUAUUUUAAACACUGGAAAUAUUGAGUUCACCUCCACCACCUCUCAGCACCAAACGGAUAAGAGUGAGGUGCCUAACUCUGAGGCCUUAGAGAAUGCAGCGGUUCUGCUGUGUAUAGGAGCGGAGGAGCUGCAGGAGGCUUUGACCUCUCACUGUGUGGUAACACGUGGUGAGACCAUAAUCCGCACCAACACAGUGGACAAGGCUACUGAUGUGAGGGAUGCCAUGUCCAAGGCCCUCUAUGGCCGACUCUUCAGCUGGAUAGUGAACCGUAUCAAUGCCCUUCUACAGCCGGAUAUCAAGAGCUGUGCUGCAGAGAGUGGGAUGUACGUGGGCAUUUUGGACAUCUUCGGCUUUGAGAACUUUAAGAAGAACUCGUUUGAGCAGCUGUGCAUAAACAUUGCCAAUGAACAGAUUCAGUUCUACUUUAACCAGCACAUCUUUGCCCUUGAACAGAUGGAGUAUCAGAGUGAGGCGAUAGAUGCCAGUCUGGUGGAGUACGAGGACAACAGGCCGAUUUUGGACAUGUUCCUGCAGAAGCCCAUGGGGCUUCUCUCACUGCUGGAUGAGGAGAGCCGUUUCCCUCAGGCAACAGACCAAACACUCGUUGAUAAGUUUGAAGACAACCUACGGUACAAGUACUUCUGGAGACCAAAGCGUGUGGAGUUAUGCUUUGGAAUUCAGCAUUAUGCUGGAAAGGUGUUAUACAGUGUGAAUGGUUUUCUGGAGAAGAACCGAGACACUCUCCCUGCAGACAUCAUGGUUGUUUUGAGAACGUCUGAGAACAAAUUGCUGCAGCAGCUGUUCUCCAAUCCUCUCACCAAAACUGGUAACCUGGCCACCUCCAGAGCCAGAGUCACUGCAGCAUCCCGAUCUCUGCCUCCUCAACUCCACGCAGGACGUAACAAGUCUCCUAGAUAUCGGAAAAAGGUGGACACCAUGGAGAUGAUGAGACACCCAGAGGAGACCACAAACAUGAGAAGACAGACUGUAGCUUCCUACUUCCGUUAUUCUCUGAUGGAUCUCCUGUCUAAGAUGGUAAUGGGUACGCCUCACUUUGUGCGCUGCAUUAAACCCAACGAUGAUCGCCAGGCUCUGCGCUUCUGUCAAGAGCGUGUGAUGGUGCAGCUACGAUACACAGGCAUCCUGGAGACAGUCAACAUCCGACGCCAGGGCUUCUCCCACCGCAUCACCUUUGAUGACUUUGUUAACAGGUACUACUACCUGGCUUUCCGGGCCCAUCAGAUGCCAGAGAGCAGUAAGGAAAAUGCUGUCAUUAUUUUACAGAAAGCCAAGCUGGACAACUGGGUUCUGGGCAGGACCAAGGUGUUUCUGAAGUACUACCACGCGGAGCAACUAAAUUUGUUGUUGAGAGAGGUGAUGGCUCGGGUGGUGGUGAUCCAGGCCUUCACUAAAGGCUGGCUGGGGGCAAGGAGGUACCGCAGGGAGAAAGAGAAACGCAAUCAUGGGGCAAUCAUCAUCCAGUCAGCAUGGAGGGGUCAUUUAGCCCGUCAACAUGUGAAGCAGAUUAAGCAGGAUCGGGAGAAUGCAGCGGUGCAGAUUCAGUCAGCAUACAGAGGACACAGAGUCAGAAAAGAAUACAGACGGAGCCACCGGCAAUCUUCAUCUUCUUCCACAUCAACCAGGGAAGGCACAUCUCUGAGAAGAGGCUCUGACUGUCAAACCCAUAAGGACAAGGUUGUCUCUGUCAGUGGUGACAGACAGAGUGAAGUUGACAGUAAAGGAAAAAGCACAGCUGACGUGUCUGUAGUGAAGACUAGUGGAGAGAGUGACAGAGCAGCACAUCACAAACAAGGUCCUGCAGCAAAGUUGCUACAGCGCACCCCUCGGCGUCGAGGCCAGCAACCCAAACUACUGAACAGCCCAGAGGACAGUAUUUACUACAGCCAACUCAAUAGAGCUCUAGAUUACCAGGGGAGCAAGAGGAAGCCCAGAAAACUUGGCCAGAUCAAGCUUCUAGAUGGAGAGGAUGAGUAUUAUAAAUUGUUGUUGGCAGCAGAGUCUGUCCCUGAGGAAGAUUUCUCAUCUAUCCCGCCUCCUCCUCCCUCUGGUCCUGCUCCGGUUUCUCCGCUGAAGAGAGAAGCUCUGCUCAGCCAGAGCUGAAAGAAUAACACAGUGCUGCUGCUCAGCCUCGACCCCAGCCCCAGCCUAGUCCAUAGCAGGGUAGGGUUUUACACACGCACACACGCACACACACGCACACACACACACACACACACACAGAGCCAAACAGGCAAGAAGUAAAUCCAUUUUCAGUAUGAACUUGGCCAGUCCACCUGAUGAGUGAUUUGAGAAAAUUCAGUUUACCAUGUUACUGAGUUUAUCUCUCAAAUUAAGUUUUUGGGAAUUAUUGACCCGGCCAUGAAGCCAAACAGAAAAUUUAUGAAAUAUAAAAUAUUUCAUCAAUUUUAUAAAAAGGACAGUGUAAAAAAACCUCCCUUACCGGUAUAAUACUGGCUUUGCGUAGGAAUUCAGAAUUAUUUAAAUUAAAAAUUGAUCAGUAAAACACUGCAUGUAGUAACUGUUUCCCUGCUCCACUUGAAGAGCAAGCACUGUGGCCUGGAACAUAACAAACUAAACUCUCUCUCUCUCUCUCUCUCUCUCUCUCUCUCUCUCUAUUCAUUUCAAUAAAUUAUUCUGUAUAUUAACUGUCUGUUUCUCUGUCUCUCUCUUUUCUGAUUAUUUAUUAAUUUCCCACACACUUUGCUUUGAUAUCCAUGACAGUGCAGAUAUUAAAUAAAUACAUAGUGACAUUAAUAGCAUGCUUUAAGCACAUUUGACAGAGGACUUGCUUUUUCUGGCAUAGGGCAUUCAGUAUUCACAAGGAAUAUCAGUGGUAUUCUGUUCCCUCAUAAUCAAAGCUCAGAGACACUGUCUUUACUGCAUGACUCCAGUCUAGUUUUCAUUGCUGAUACACAGACAGACCAACAAACACACAUGUUCACUUUUAAAUACACAGCAUCCUGUGUUGUAAUGUCUUUAACUAUAAUCUUGGUUCUGUAGGGACAUAGAGGACAGGCUUAAUGAGCAUACAGAGAGAACCAGUGAAUCUAGAACUGGAGCUUUACAGUGAGCAGGACCUCCCAUGCUCCUCUCAGUGGCUGUGUGCAGUGCACCCGUAUCAAAUACAGACCAUCCACAUCUCCCUUUCAAAGCCACAAAUCUUCUUAUAAAGUGCAGGAAAUUCCACAAUGCUUAUUCUCUCUUUCAGAUCUUUGAUAUCCUUUUUUUCAUUAAAUAUAUCUUAUCAAGUCAAUAAUGAUAAAAUCACUAAACUGAAGCUGCUUUGAGGAGUGAGAUAACCAGCUUCCCCCCUGUUGAUCCUCCUAUUCAAGAGAGACAGCUCUUAAAAAGAGAUAAGGCUGUCAUGAUUGUGAUGCAAUUCCUGCUCAUUUAUAUUUCUCAUAUUUAUCAAGACACCUAAACUGAGUAAAUGAUGAUGUGCUGGUUGAGGAUGGGACAACUACUCUGUGAAAAAUCUGUAGAAACGUGUGUUUUUCCUACUGUAUGGACAAGAAGAUUUGUGACACUGUUUUUACGAUUUGCAUAUCAUGCUUCAUCUCAUUUUGUUGACACCCCAGGGCCCAUGCAAAGAUUUUGAUCUUCAUAGGGUGAUAGAACUGAGUGUGCAUGUUUUGGCUCACUCAGCCACAGAGGUAAAUUUCAUUUGUUCACAAAAAUAACAUAUUAAAAACUUCACUCAUUUAUUAUUUGUCCAAAUUUUAUAUUGCUGUAUGAGUCUAAUGUUAAUGUUAAUGUUUGUUGUUUGAGAGGCCACAGCCAUUUAGUGUGAAAUCUUCCUGGUUUAUUUCCUAUACAUUACUACAUUCUAUCCUAUACAUUACUACAUUCCUAUACAUUCAUUUAUUUAAGCAAAACUGACUAAUUCAAGAUCAGAUCUCUUGUUCUGUGAUGUCUUCGUAACAAGAGUUUAAUCACAAAACAAUCCAGUGUACUUAAUGUAGUGUGUAUUGUACUCAGAGUGUAGCCCUAGUUUGAAUUACUGCCCAAGGUGUCCAGUUUUUUGUUGUGCCUCAGAAUCCUGAGAUAAUUCAAAUAUUCUGUGUGAAUUAUUUUCUAUCUGAGAAUAUUCAGUCUCUCAGAAGCACUCAGACUGAAAUAGGUCACUCCAAGAGCCUCGAGUCUCUCUUUAAACUACAUGGAAUCCGUUAACAGAGAUCUUGCUUCCUAUAUCACUUUGGCCCUGCUUUGGCAUGGAAAUCAAUUUGGGAAAAGCUCUCCAGUUUUUUUGUCUCAGUGAAAACAUCUGAAGUGCAGUGCCUUGGUGGAGUUUCUCUUUCACUAAUUUCCUCUUGUCUCCAUGUGUUCUGGCUAACCACUACCCAAACAAGGCAAUGAGUGACGUACAAUUUGGUUAUACAUACUUUAAAUAGAAGAUUACACUGUGCCCAAAAUAUUUUUAAGGUUGUACCUUUCUUCUGGGUUUCUACAAAUUAGCCUUAUUCUUUAUCAAAAAAAGAGGUACUACAGACCAGUGAUAGGCUUAGAUCUUUCACUGAAGGGCCACAAAGAUGUAAACAACAUAGGUCCUGCACCUGUUUUUGUUAAUACAGUUCUAUAAAAACAUGACUGCCCAUUAUUUUCUUCCUAUUAAAGAGUUGUGUGCAUCUGGAGCUGCAGACAAACUCGUUUAAUGUGGUUCAUGUUGUGCACCACCAAAGUUAUUCCUUUUUAGCUGUUUGUUCUAAACUGCAUUUCUUCCCUUUUUCUCCAUCGUACCAAAAGCAGUGCCACCUUUUAGAUAUUUCAGAGCUGUAAUCCUUCAGUGGAAGGCAGAAAAAAGUAUUUGUUGUCAGACAGGAUACUCUGUCUCAUAUUAAUAGUGAGGGCCGACUUCAAAGGAUGAACACAAAUAGACUUGCAUUGUCCUGCCUCUAUAUCCUUCAGAGUUCAAAGCAGGAGUUUGAAUAGCAGUGUUUCUAAAGCUUCUCUUUUAGACCUGCUGAGAUGUAAAGCAGGUAACCUGCUAUUGACACACACGCACACAAACACGCACACUGAUAUAUAUGCACAGAGUUGCUGUUAAUACAUUCUUUACAAAGCUUCAUGCUAAUACUAUGCACCGCAAUCACACGCAUAUGAUAAGACUUAGCAUUAAAGCUCACACUUUGUGCAAGUUGUCCUUGCAGCACAUCCAUGCUGUCUGUCAUGAGUACUGAAUAAGCAGGUAGUUUAAUACAUAUUUACUUUUAACCCUGUGUGAUGAUUGAUGCCUGAGUGAGGGACAUGUGUAUCAGGCCGACAGA